AUGUUUGCGGAUGAUGUCAAGGUCUUCCGUGCUAUUAGGGACCCUUCUGACACUGAGACACUGCAGAUGAACCUAUGCUUAAUUGAGAACUGGUGCAUCACUAACGCUAUGAGCAUAAAUGCCGCCAAAUGUUCACUGGUUUCUUUCAAUCGCUCUGCCCAACCUCUUGUGGUAUCUGACUACGUGCUCAAUGGAACUGUUCUAUCUCGCAGUACAAUCGUCCGUGAUCUUGGUGUCGUCUUCUCUGCAGAUCUUAGCCCUGAUAAGCAUAUUGACUUCAUCUGCAGCAAAGCCCUACGAAUGCUCAACUUCAUACUAAGAGCUACAAGGAGUGGUCUUGGCAUUGUGGCGUUGAAUAUCCUUUAUAAGUCUUUGGUAAGGAGUAUACUUGAAUACUGUUCUGUUGUCUGGUUCCCUUAUCAACACAAUCACAUUGAACGUCUAGACAGGAUCCAGCGACACUUCGUCCGAGCUGUCGGUGUUAGGCUGGGUCAUAACUAUCUUGAUGUACCCAUUGAUCUAGUUGAAGCCUCUCUUGGACUUCUCCCUCUGUCUACUACAAGGCAAUAA